AUGUCCGUAACAAGAUCAGCAUUCGUGCUUAGCUUUGCAUUGCUUACGCAUGGUCAAUACGGCCCUGGCGGUCAAUAUGGACCUGACGGUAGUAACGAAGGCUAUUCUAGCGCUUUCAACGGAGGGGGGAGCAGUUCCUCUAACAACGGUGGCUUCAUUUCAGGUAAUGGAAUUUUGGGAGGAAAUACUGCACUUAUCGCACAUGGCGUCCUCGCGUCGUUCGCAUUCGUAAUCCUCUUUCCCACGGGUUCGAUACUCAUUCGGUUGGCGUCUUUCAAGGGCGUUUGGCUUGUCCACGGCCUCUUUCAAAUCUUCGCAUAUCUCGUGUACAUCGCAGCCUUCGCCUUAGGAGUCUGGAUGACGCAACAAGCCCCCGCACAAGCCAACCUCAUCGGGCGAUACCAUCCGAUCAUUGGCAUAGUGCUCUUUGUCGUCUUGUUCAUUCAGCCAGUUCUCGGCUUGAUCCACCACUUCCGAUAUAAGAAAGUCGGACGCCGCACUUUCUGGUCGUACGGACAUCUCUGGCUGGGACGACUACUCAUUCCACUAGGAAUGAUCAAUGGCGGACUCGGUCUGUUGCUGGCAACUGAAACUGGCUACGGUCGGCCGACGACUGGCCAGAUUAUCCCUUAUGGUGUAGUCGCAGGUAUCACGUCGUUAUUAUGGCUGAAAGCCGCCAUUGUUGGGGAACGAAGGAGGACUAAAGCGCAGGAGGUGCCAGUGGGAGUAUACAAGGAGCAGUACGCUUGA